CCUAGUCUAUACCACUUGUCUUCGAGAGAACAGAGAAAGAAAGAGAAACAAUCUUUCGUUGAAAAAAAUAUCUAAGAGAGAGAGAGAGAUUAUGGCGGAAAUCAAUGGUCGGAGGAUCGGAGUAGCAGUAGAUUUCUCGGAGUGCAGCAAGAAGGCUCUGAACUGGGCGAUCGACAACGUGGUUCGCGAUGGCGAUUAUCUAAUACUCAUCACCGUAGCUCACGAUAUGCAUUACGAGGAAGGCGAGAUGCAGCUCUGGGAGACCGUUGGUUCUCCUCUGAUUCCGCUGAGUGAGUUCUCGGAAGCGGCUGUGAUGAAGAAGUAUGGAGUGAAGCCAGAUGCUGAAACCCUUGACAUUGCCAACACUGCCUCUAGGCAGAAAUCGAUAACAGUAGUGAUGAAGAUAUAUUGGGGAGAUCCUCGUGAGAAGAUUUGCGAAGCUGUUGAACAUAUUCCUCUCUCUAGCCUUGUCAUCGGUAACCGAGGCCUUGGUGGUCUUAAGAGGAUGAUAAUGGGAAGUGUAAGCAACCAUGUUGUGAACAACGUGGCAUGCCCUGUGACCGUCGUGAAGGCUCACCACUGAGCUCUCUGUUGAUACUGCUCCGGAGAAGCUGAUAGCCUACCGGUGUAUAUCCUAAGAUUUGUGUGUCGUUGUUGUCUUAAUAUGGAUUUAUAACUCUUGUGUCACUUGUAUGCUGUUUAUUCUUGUGCAUCUUUGUCUUUUCGCUGGGUAAAAGUAUUUCUACCUUCUAAUAAUAAUUACUCGUUUUGAGUUUUGGACCAA